AGUAUAAUAUGUCAUCGGUAACAACACAUGUGAUAUUUGAUUUGGACGGCACAUUGAUUAACACAAUGGACACAAUGGCCAAACAAAUUGCAAUUUAUGCCAAUAGUUUCGGUAAAACUGUAUCACCGGAUCUAAUAAAUAAUAUUAUCACAUCACCAAACAGUCAACCAUAUUAUAAUGAAUUUAUGAAUCAAAUUCAUGGUCCCGGAGCCCCCCGUAUACCAGAUCCUAAUGAAUUUGAAGAAUCCAUUUUAGACCAGACAUACGAGUCGCCAGAUUUAGCACUCAUACCUGGAGUCAACCGACUUGUUCAGCAUCUGUACAGACACAACAUACCGAUGGCCAUAGCAUCGGGCGGUAUUGGACGUCAUUAUGAGUCGUUGUUGUUAAACAAAAAUUUUGGCAAUUAUUUCGAGGAAGGCCUACAUUUUAGUCACGUAGUUAUGGGUUGGGACGAUCCGGAUGUUGUACGCAAUAAACCCGCUCCGGAUGUCUACUAUGUUUGUGCUAAACGUUUCCGAACACAACCGCCGCUAAGCUAUGAUAACGUACUGAUUGUUGAGGACUCGCUAAUCGGUAUUACCGGUGCAUUGGCUACCGGUUUGAUGAAAACAUUGUUAGUUAACGACCAAAAACGGACUAACUUUAAGGGAUUGACAGAUAGGAUCACAUGUAUUGCCAAUAGUUUCGAUGAUUUUAGGCCCGAAUCAGUAGGUCUACCCCCGUAUUAUGAUUGAACUAAAUGAUAAUUAGAUUGAAUUUUUUUUUUAAUUUAAAUAAGUUUUUUUAGCAUGAUACUUUUAUAUAAUUAGCAAUUAAAAAAUUAUAAAUAAUUAUUUAUUUAAUCUAGAAUC